AUGGCCUACAUUGGUACCUACACUUUUGUGACGGGAACCACGUUUGUCGUGCAUUGCUACUACCUUCUUGCGGGUACCUACGUUAGCGAGCGGACGCGUAAGAUGCAACGCCAAAUGAUUAACGCGCUCACGUGGCAGAUACUGAUACCAGCUGUCACCGUUGCGAUUCCCUGGUUAUACACAGCGGCGAUCACCUUGGGGAAGGUCGAAAAAGAUCCGUCCGUGCUAAACAGCUUUUACCUCUUUGAUGGUGGUCAUGCGCUUCUGACUUCAAUCGAAAUUGUGCUGCUAUCACGGCCCUAUCGAGAAUUCAUCGUUGCCUUGUUUAAAAUUCGUGGUCGUCUCAAGCGACCGGCCGAGCGUUGCCGUCAA